AUGGAGGCGCAGAAGGCGGCGCGGUACACGCUCGCCGCGGCGGCGGAUGGGUUGGCGGCGAGUGAGGAGCUGUACAAGGCACUGCAGGGGGCCGGCUGCUUCCGCCUGCCCAGGAGCUCGGACGACGUGCAGGCGAACGUGCUCGUCAGGUUCACGACGGAGCUGGUCGAUGCACUGCCCAAGGAGAACCGCCAGAGUCUAGGCGAGCAGAUGGACACGAAGGUCGAUCGGUACCAGCGCCUCAUGCACUGCGUGCACCCCUUCGCCUCCCAGCUCCCCAGGGCUGUGGCCGGCUGGCUGCUGCGGCUCGGCGAGCAGCUCUCGGCACUCCACGCUCUCCACAAGGCUCACGAGUCGAUUCAGGAGUGCGGAUACGUCAAGUCUGAGCGCGACUCGGAGGACCGCGUGCUGCAGCAGGCCGUGGCCGAGCUGCGGCGAUCGCAGGGGCAGGGCGGAGCCGAAGGGAGCGGGCUUGGGCGCGGGCUGCAGCUGCACGCACAGCUGGUGACUGCGUGCGGCAAGGCGGUGGGGGCCAAGCGCGGGUGGGUGUCGGGCGCGGAGCUGUCCGCGGACGCGCAGGCGUUCUCCAUGGCGACGGACAGCGUCGAGUGCUGGCUGUCGUCCCUCGCCGCCAUGCUCCGCGACGUCAAACUCCCCCAGGAACCCCCCUCGGCCUGCCUGCUCUCGGCACGCGCCCUCGGCGAUUGCGUGAAGAGCGCCCUCAGCGCCGCGAACCUCUUCCACGGGUCCGCGCGCGGCUUCGUCGCCAACGACGUCGACGCCCACCACGCCCACAAGGCCGCGCACCACUGGUGCCACGACCGCGCCGUGCGCGACGCCGUCUCCGCCGCCGCAAAGGAAAUCACCGCCGCGGCGCGGGGCCUGCGGAUUUCCCUCGGGGCCGCCGCCGCGGAGUACCACUGCGCUCUCCUCGACUGUGCAGCGGACCUGGCGCACCUGCACCUCGACCUGAUCUCCCUGCGUCAGGGCGCGCUCGCGCUGCGCGACGGACAGCGCGCCGGCGACCUCGCGUCGCUUCUGGGCCAGGAUGGCGACGGGGACCUGCGCGCUGAGAUGGACAGCGCGCAGCACUACGUGCUCGGCGGCGUCGUGCGGGAGUGGGGCGAGGCGUACGCUCUUGGGUUCUUCGCGCGCAACCAGGCGGGCAGCAAGCUGCUGCGCCGGCUUGAGCGCAGCGCGCUGUCGUUCGCGGCGUAUGCGGAGCUCUUCGCGCUCUUCGAGGCCACCGGCGACGAGGACCGCCUCGCGCGCAACAUCAACGGCAUCACGCACCCGGGGGAGUGCUUCCGCUACGUGUUCGGACGCCUCCUCGCGGGGCCCGGGAAGUGGCGCGAGCUGCUCUUGCGGCUCCCGGGGCUCUGCAGGCGCGAGGCGCAGGACGGCGGCUGGGGCUGGGAGGGGGGGUCUCCGGAGGACUUGCUGCUGUCGUUGCUGGAGGGCGCCGCGGAAACGGGCCGCGCCGACGUCCUCGAGGCGCUCUGGCUGCACGCCGUGGCCGUCUCGGACGCCGCGGAGGCGCACGGGCACUUCGAGCACGCCGCGCAGCUCCGCCACCGCGCUGCGCGCACGCUGCAGGCCUUCGCAUGCGCGGGCGGCCCGUCACACGCACAGCGCGUCGAAGCCGUGCAGAUGUCGCGGAUCGCGGCGCACGCGGCCUGCGACGUCCCCGCGGCGCUCUGGGACGCCGUCCCGCCCGCGGACCGCCCCGGCGCGUGCCUGCCGGAGGCGAAUCGUCUCAUGCAGCUGCUGGGAGCGCACGAGGCGAUGCGGGCGGCGCUUGGCGCGGGGGGCGACGCGAUGGAGGACGACGCGGGCGGGAGCGGCGAGCAGGGGCUGCUGGAGUCGGCGCGUGCGAUGCUCGAUCGCAUGGCCGCGGGGGGGGGUAAUGACCUGGGGGAGCAGGAACAGAAGCUGGUGGUGUGUGCGGCGCUGCGGGCGAUGAUGUUGGACAGGGGACUGGCGGAGGGGCGCACGGGUCUCGCGCGGGCGCUGUGGGAGGAGCUGGCGCGGUGGGACCGGGACGCGGCGGAGCGCGGCGACGGGGGGGUGUUGCUGGUGGAGGAGUGCGGGGGUGAGUGUUUCGGGGAGCCGGCGCGGACGUUGGAGAGCGCGGACGCCGGCGUGCAGCGCGACGCCGCGCUGCAGCUGGCGAUGCAGGCCGUGGGCGGCGUGAGCGAGGCGGUGCAGCGCCGGCUGGAGCACGCAGCAAGGGUUGGGCGGUAG